GCCCCUGCCAGACGCAAAAAAGCAACAUAGUACUACACACAAAAAAUACACAGAGGUUCCAUUACAAAUAUAAAAAAAUACACAGAGGUUCAUGUCAAGUUUACGACCUGACCUGAGACGCAACUGCCCGGUGAGGGCUCGUACUGGGUCGGAGCUGUUUAUGGCGAACACGGCAUGGAGCGGCUUGUUCGGAUAUACGUGAGCCCCGUUGCGCGAGCAGUCCAGCUAUUUCUCCCAGUUUUUAACGGACUUUGUGGCAAGCGGUUUGACGGUACGGAAGCCAACCCAGCAAUUCAAAAUUCAAACCAUGCGGCUCCGGGGGACCGCGAGCGGAUUAACAACAACCAAACAACGGCCUCCAUCACGCGCUGGUCCGCCCGCCCGCUCUCCCCGCCAGUAGGGCCCCAUGUAAAUGGAGGGCCCACCUGCCAUUCUAUUAUCGCAAACGACACGGCCCUCCGAGCGUGAGGUGGCCACCAGCCAGCUGUACCCCGGCGACCAGCUACCGGCCGCUCCUGGCUCCCGGCCUAUAUAAGCUCCCGCCUCAUCUUCCCCUUCCAAUCACCAUCGGAGUCCAGACGUCCUAAUCACUAAUCAAUCGGGGAAGCACGCGCACCGCCACCGGAGUCUUGCUAGUGCGACCAAGGGGAGGGGAGGGGAGGAGAAGGUUUUUGGUUGUUGUUGUGUGUCGUCGGCGAUGGGAGCGGAGUCGGAAUGCGACAGGAUAAAGGGGCCGUGGAGCCCCGAGGAAGACGAGGCGCUGCGGCGGCUGGUGGAGCGGCACGGGGCGCGGAACUGGACGGCGAUCGGGAGAGGGAUCCCCGGGCGCUCCGGCAAGUCGUGCCGGCUGCGGUGGUGCAACCAGCUCUCGCCGCAGGUGGAGCGCCGCCCCUUCACGGCGGAGGAGGACGCCGCCAUCCUGCGGGCGCACGCGCGCCUAGGCAACCGCUGGGCCGCCAUCGCGCGCCUGCUGCCCGGCCGCACCGACAACGCCGUCAAGAACCACUGGAACUCCUCCCUCAAGCGCAAGCUCGCCACCGCCACCGGCGGCACGGCGUGGGAGGAGGCCAGCGACUCCGGCGACUCCCCGCGGCCGUGCAAGCGCGCGAGCCCGGGCCCAGAGAGCCCCACCGGAUCGGACCGCAGCGAGCUCAGCCACGGAAGCGGCCAGGUGUUCCGGCCCGUCCCGCGCCCCGGCGGGUUCGACGCCAUCAGCGCGGACGUGAGGCCGCCUCCGCCGCGCCAGGACGAGGACCCGAUCACCUCGCUCUCGCUCUCGCUCCCCGGACUGGACCACGGCUUCCACCACGACAGCGCCCGGAGCCACUUCCAGGAGCUCUCGCCGUCGCCACGCUCGCCCUCUCCCCCGCCGGCGCCUCAGCCGUCCUCAUCCUCGUACCCGUUCAGCGGCCAUCUGGUGGCGGCCAUGCAGGAGAUGAUCCGCGCGGAGGUGUGCAAGUACAUGUCCGGCGUGGGGCUCCCCGCCGGGUGCGGCGCCGGGGCCGUGGGCGAGGCCUGCAUCCCGCAGCUCGUCGAGGGCGUGAUGCGCGCCGCCGCGGAGCGAGUCGGCGUCAUGACCCGCCAGUAAAAAUAAAACGCCGCCCGCAGUAGUAAAAACCAUCGGCCGCCCGCCGAUCGACGCAAGUGCAAAGAAGUCACCGCGAACGCGGUAGAUCUUGUGAAGGAGUAGCGCUGAGCUGUAGUCGCUUUCUUUUCUGGUUUCUGUUGGCGUUCCUGCUUUGGAGUCUGUUUAUUCUUCCGCCUGCUCUGAAACAGAGCAGCGGUGAAGUCGGCAAGGGGGAAAUGCAAAGAAAAGAGAACGGGAAAAAUGUGUUAAUUAUUA